AUGAUAGCUAAAAAUAAGAAUUUAAGAAUUAUAUUAAUUAUAACUCUUACAGCUAUUGGAGUUCUAGUUGUUUACUUUAGCUUAGUUCACAUCUUUCGAAAUUCAGUUUCUUAUUGGGUACAAAACAAAUCGCAAGAAAUAUUAGUAACAGAAGAAAUGCCCCAAGAUUUAAAUGUAGGGAAUAACCAACCACGUAUAUUAAUGGAAGAUAACUCUGAUUCAAAUAAGCGACUGCAAGGUUGGAAUCCUGUUGCAACUAAGAGAGGUCCAAAGUUACCAGUUAGACUUCAAGAUUCAGAUCAGGAGUUAUAUGAAGAGACAAUAAAACCUAGAGAGGUCGAAGGAAAUAGCAAUUAUUUGGUUAAUAUAAGAAAUUUAUUGAAUAGAAUAAUAUCAGAUAAUUUUAGGGAUAAAAUAUCAGAAAAUAUAGAAGAUGAUUUAGAUAUACUAUAUAAUGAAUUACUCCCCUUCAUACUUUCUACUGUUACUGUAUAUAUAAUAGAUACAGAUAAUUAUCUAAGAUGUUUUAAGAAAUUACUGGAUAUAAGAAUAAAUGUUAACUUAAAUAUUCAAGAUUCUGAUAUUAUUAUUACCUCACUUAAAGGAGACAGCUUGAAUAAUUUACAAAAACAGAUAGAACUAGUGAGAAGCCAAAUUAAAAGUAUUAGUAAAAGUUUCACUAAUUCAAAGACUAAAUUUGGUUUAAUAAAAAUGCCACUAAUAUUAUAUAUAAUGAUUGAAAAUAAUAUAUUUGAAAACUCUGCAAGAAAUCUACUUAAUUUAAGAGAAAAUGAGAUAUUAAUUAAGCCAUCAGGUCCAUUAAACGAUGAAACAUCAACAUAUAUAUUACCUCCUAUAAUGGAAAAAUUUGAUUGUACACCUGAUAUAAUAAGAUCAGAUGGAAAAAUAGAAACUCAUAGUAAUUAUUUAUCAAUUUUGGAUGUUGACCACUUAGAUCUAUCAGACCCAACACAAAGAUCUAUUGAGUUAUUGGCGAAUUUCGACUACCUUUAUAAUGAGUUGAUAAUAAAACAAAAAUUUUUAUUUAACUUAGGUAUUAAGGAUAUUAUAAACUCAGUAACACUUAAAGAAACUCUAAUAAUUGAUAUAAUAAGGAAUAUGAACAUUUUAAAAACUAUAAACAAAAAGAGUAAUUGGAUAAUUAUACAAGAUUCUGAAAUGUAUAAUAAAAUUGAAAAAGUUAAUUCAGAUAUUUCCACAGAUAUAAACAAAUAUUUAAUACCUUCUUCUAUACUUAAAAAUGCAAUUUUUUGUCUUGUUUUAGAUCCAAUAAGGAUUAGUAUCAAUGAAGAUAUUUCUUUAAAUUCAUUUUGGGAUAGUAUAAGAUAUGGAUGUAUUCCUAUUUUAUUAACUGAAUAUGGCUUGAAUAAUAUUUUACCUUAUUCUAGGAUAUUUUAUUGGCCAGAUUUUGUUAUUGAAAUAAACAUAUCAAAAUUUCACAGCUCCAAGAAUAUUGCUAGAGAUUUAGCAAACGAAAUUGUACAUAUUAUAAAUAAUAAAUCUGAUAUAGAAAUUUACAAUAUGCUGAUUAAAAUUACAAGUAUUAGAAGACUUUUAUUUGGAUCAAAUGGUAUUAACUUGAUGUUAGCUGAAAUAUUAAGGGAUUUAGUAAUGGAUAUUAUUCAGGAAAGAAACAAAGACAGCAAAUAA